AUGCCCUUCUUCCAGCCCCCAAACCAAGAAAACGUCUCGCUCUUUUACACCGACGACGGCGCUCGCGCCAGCACCCCCCUCCUCCUCCUGCACGGCUACCUCUGCGACUCCCACGACUGGAGCGCCCAAAUCCCCGCCCUCCUCAGCGCCGGCCACCGCGUCCUCGCCCUCGACCUGCGCGGCCACGGCCGCUCCACCACCCCGCCACCGCCUUACUCCCCGCACAUCUUCGCCGCCGACAUCCUCGCGCUGCUCUCCCACCUCAGCAUCCCCUCCGUCGUGCUGAUCGCGCACUCGAUGAGCACCAUCACGGCCUCCAUCGUCGCGGUCGAGCACCCGCACCUUGUGAGAGCGCUCGUGCUGGUGCAUCCGAUCUACGCCAUCACCGGGCCGGCGCUGAGCGCUCUGCUCGAGGAAAUGCGCGCCGACGCUGCGCGCGCGCCGGAGCUGGCGGCGCGGUUCUUCGCCGCGGGCAUGUAUACGCCGCGCACGCCGGCGUGGGUGCAGACGUGGAAUCGGCGGCGGGCGCUGGGGGCGGAUCCGGAGGUGGUGGUGGGGUGUAUGGCGGGGCUGGUGGCAUUGGAGGGGAUGGUGACGGGGCGGGGGGAGGCGGCGAGGGCGUAUAUGCGGCGGAGGAGGGCGCCGCGGUUGGUGGUGUCCGGGGUGGAUACUGCGAUGGAGUGGGAGAGGGAGGUGGGGUGGGGGGAGGGAGAUGAGGUUAGGGAGGUUAGGGAGGGGGCGUUUUUGCAUGUGGUGGAGGGGGACGUGGUUAAUGGCUAUAUUAUUGAGUGGUUGAAAAAGAUUUUGUGA